UCCGGGAUGAUCCACCUGACGAGCACGAGACGAGACGUCACCAGGUGACACGAGUCCAGAUUUAACUACAGACGGUCUAUAUGUAGAUGUGACUACAGACGGUCUAUAUGUAGAUGUGACUACAGACGGUCUAUAUGUAGAUGUGACUACAGACGGUCUAUAUGUAGAUGUGACUACAGACGGUCUAUAUGUAGAUGUGACUACAGACGGUCUAUAUGUAGAUGUGACUACAGACUAGAUACCAGUUGAAGGACCGACAGAGGGGUUCUCCUCCGGAUCUCCUCGCUCAGGUGUUUACCGCCUCAUGGAUUCUGCAGAUGGUCAGCGUGGGCGUGACGCUCCGAGACGUUCCCCUCUCGACAUCAUCAUGAGUCAGAUACGCCGGAAACGCACGGCCUCAGACAGGAAGCCGCUGGGACGCUUCCUGUCCCGGACGGGGAUUCCUGAGGACGGGGAGUCGGAGGGGAGGGAGGAGAGAGCACAGAGCUCAGGUGCAGCAGAGGACGAGCGAGACGUCAGCUGGGGUCGAGUGUGUGUUUUCCUGCAGAGGCUCGGGAAGAAAGCCGACAGCAGGAGCCUGAGUCUGGCUCACUGUGAUGUGACCGCUACAGACCUGCUGGAGCUAGCGACGUUGCUCCAGUUCCUGCCUCAGCUGGAGGAGAUGGACGUUUCCUGGAACGAGCUGAUUGGUGGAUGUCUGCACGCGCUGACCUCUCACCUCCAUCAUGUGGGCGGGAUCAGGACGCUGAGGCUCUGCAGCUGCAGGCUGAACGCUGAUGAUGUCACUGCACUGGGUGAAGCUCUCGGCUGCGUCCCACACUUGGAGGUCCUGGAUUUGUCCUGGAACGGAGGUGUCGGAGGCGGAGGGUUGCAAGGCCUCCUGGGUAAAGUUUACCCACCACUGAGGGAGAUUCGCCUGGUUUCCUGUCAGCUCUCUGCAGCUGAUGCUACUGCACUGGGGGGGGUACUGUCCUCUCUGCCCAGACUCUCGGUGCUGGACGUCUCCUGUAACCCUCAUCUCUCGCAGGACGGCGGCGGCGGCUUCAGCGACCUGGCCGCCUCCCUCUCUCACGCCACCUCCCUCACCACACUUCGACUGCAGGCCUGCGGUCUGUCGACGGACGGCCUCGACGCUCUGGGUAGGAGAUCUACUCUUGGGGUUUACUGUCAGCAGAGUGUAUUUGAGGUGAUAACAGGUCGCCCCCUCUGUCCUGCAGGUGGUUCGCUCCGCUACCUCCCCUCAAUGCGAGAGAUGGACCUGUCCUGUAACAAGGGUCUCUCUGGAGGACUGGACCACCUCACCUUCCACCUGGCUCACCUCACACACCUGGAGAGCCUCGACCUUCACCUGUGCUGUCUCACACACACUGACCUGGAGGCCCUCAUCCAGGUGCUCCCCUCUCUGACGGCGCUCACAGAGCUCAACGUGUCGUCCAAUAAGGAGGCAGGGGCUUCGGUUCACGCGCUGGUCUCCGCCCUCCCUCUGACACAGAUGAAGCGUCUGCCGCUCAACAGCUGCAGCCUCAGUGAGGAGUCAUUCACUGCUCUGGCUCUGGCUGUGCCCUUCCUCCGCACUGUGGAUGUUUCCUGGUGCAAAGUGGUCGGCGGUCGCGUGGCUCUGCUUCUUGACGCUCUGCAGCCGUCGGUCGUCCUGGAGCUUCGUCUCAGCAGCUGUGACCUCUCCACCGACGACCUGCGUCACUUAGCUGUGGUCUGCAGACGUGGUUGUAUGUCGUCUCUACUGGUGCUGGAUCUCUCCUACAACGGUUCGGUGGGCGACGACGGCUGGUCCGCCCUGUUUGAAGCCGGAGGCCUGGGCUCGCUGGAGGAUGUCGACCUUAGCCUACGACCUUCGACCUCGGCCUCCUGCUCGGCCUGGCUGCCGGCGCUGCACCGCGCUCUGCCUCGACUGCCGGCGCUGACCCGGCUGGCCAUGCAGCGAUGGACGAUGGGCUCCCGGGAGCGACAGCAGCUGUGCCACAGCGCGAGGAAACGAAAUGUCCUGCUGGAGCGGGAUCCGGACUUUAAAGACGCAGCUUCAUCAUGUCAGACGACCAAUCAGGAGAGUCCAGAGGAGUAGGGACCUUGUAGAGAAUGCAGCUGAUCUGACGUCAUAUGUCACUGAGGAAAUUCAUCUCAUUUAUCACACCUGGAAGAUUUCAACAGAGCAUUAAAGUAAAUAUCGUAAACUUUGUGAUCCCAACUGAUUAUUCUUACAACACAGAGAAAUGUGGAUCUGAUGCAUGUGUCUUCUCAGGUCUGGAAAAUAUUACAAAUCAUUUUCAGGCGUUUUUUCGUUUAGAAACUUUUUAGAAACUUUCUUGGCAAAGUUAGAAUCCACAGCUACGGCUGAACUGACAGAUACUUUGACUACAAAUCAAAGUAUUGGAGAAAUGUUUUCAUUGGCAAGAAGUCGUCCUUAAAGUACUUAGUAAAAGUAUUUAGUUUUAUGACAGCUGCAGAAUAACAACGCGUGGAGAACAUUUCAUUGGUUCAUCCGGUUCUUCCUGGUGGACUGCUCACGUCCUCAUCGAGCACACGUCCUCAUCGAGCUCACGUCCUCAUCGAGCUCACGUCCUCAUCGAGCACACGUCCUCAUCGAGCUCACGUCCUCAUCGAGCACACGUCCUCAUCGAGCUCACGUCCUCAUCGAGCUCACGUCCUCAUCGAGCACACGUCCUCAUCGAGCUCACGUCCUCAUCGAGCACACGUCCUCAUCGAGCACACGUCCUCAUCGAGCUCACGUCCUCAUCGAGCACACGUCCUCAUCGAGCUCACGUCCUCAUCGAGCACGCCCCCUGCGUCCUUCUACGAGCUUAAAUCAGUUUUUAAGUGUAAUUGGUUUGAAAUCAUUCAUUUGAACAACACAUAUGAUUUUAGGUCAGGAUCAUGCUUUUAUGAGUUUAAUCUGUGCAUUAAAGAUUAAAUUGUAAACAUGAAGCUGGAUCUCAGGGUGAAGAUUUUCAUCUUUGAUAAAGAAUUCAGUUUAUUGUUCAGAAGAUUAUCCAACUAAUCUAUAUCUCUGCAAAUGUUUAGAAAUGAACCCGAAUCUUUGAUUUUGAUAUUUGACAGUGAAAGUGUGAUAACACGUUCUGAAGAUGAGAAUUAUAACAUUAACUUCAUUAUAAACAUCAUUCUGGGUACUUUCCACAUCCAUGAAUGCAGAAUGAAAACACCCACAGGAUUUUAUAUGAAUUUAAAUAAUAUAUCAAAACUUGACAUCUGUCCAAAUGAACUUUUCAAUGAUCUACAAA